CACAGACACACUAGUUACUCAUUUCCGUUCGUGUGUCUAUGAAAUCAAAACCAAACUGGAGUCAUAGUUAGAGAAGAGGAGUGCAAAUGUCAGGGCGCAAGCAUCUAGGGUCCUCUCGUGCUCUCUCCCAUUCUUCCUCCUCCCCCGCCGUCCGGGCCCUUCCGGUCGCCGCCCUUGAAGACCGCUUCAUCGCUCGCCACCGCGAGAUCCAGUCUCUCCUCCUAGACAACCAGCGCCUCGCCGCCGCCCACGUCGCCAUCAAGCAAGACCUCGCUGUCACCCAGCAGGAGCUCCGCAGUCUCACCGCCGCUGCCGCCAACGUUAAGGCCGAGCGCGAUGCCGAGGUGCGCGAGAUCUACGAGAAAUCGCUCAAAAUGGACGCCGAGGUCCGCUCCAUCGCCGCCAUGAGCUCCGAGCUCGAUCAGGUGCGGGCAGAUGUACAGGAGCUCGCCGCGUCGCGAAAGGAGAUAGCUUCAGAGCUGCAGUCGGUCGAGAACGACCUCGCGAGGGCACGCGCCGAGUCACAGUAUGUGCCUCCGAUCAAGGCUGAUAUAGAGGCCAUGCGCCAUGAGAUUCAACGAGGAAGGAAAGCUAUUGAAUUUGAGAAGAAGACACACGCUAGUAACCUUGAGCACAGGCGGGCAAUGGAUAACAAUUUAAUCAUUAUGUCCCGUGAGGUUGAAAAGUUACGUGCUGAGCUGGCUAAUGCAGAGAAGAGAGCAAGGGCUGCGGUUGCUGCAGCUGCAAACCCAAGUCCUGGAUAUCCUGCAAACUAUGACAAUCCUGAGAUGGGAUAUGCAGGAAUGGCAUACCCUCCUGACUCUUAUGGCAUGCAUCAGAUCCAAGCUGGGGUUGAUGCUCAUCCUCAAUAUGCAUCUGGAGCAACAUUACAUCAUCCUUAUGACAUGCAACAUGCACAGCCUAGAUAGGCUUCCAGUGAUGUCUUGUUUUUGAAAGAAGAGAAAGGAAAAGAAUGUAAUGUAUAUCACAUUUUUUUCUGAAAGAAAUUACCCAAUUACAGCGCAUAUAAUUUUGUGGAUAUCUGAAAAUGGUUAUAAAUCAUUAAGCUUGUAUAUAUGUAUUAUUAUUGGUAAUGUGUUCCGGUA